AUGGCUUCGAACCUCCUCGAAAUCCCGUUCCGACGGACGCAUUCGGUCGACCUGUCCUCCGCCAUCAAACAAUAUAUCUCGACAAAGUAUGACCAGUCGCCAGGCAUGUUUGCGGAUGACCUGCGAGAGAUUGACAGGCUGAGGAACGAUGCUAUCAAUGUCCGCGAGGCCCAUGUUAGUGGCAUCAAGAGACUGCAGAUAUACGCGGCGCAAUUGCGCUACCUCGGCGGCAAGUUUCCCAUCGACAUUGGUGUGGACUUUCCUUGGUACCCUGCAAUCGGAUACGACAGGGACAAACCGGCACUGCAGAACAACUUGAGGUUUGAGCUGGCGAAUAUCCUCUUCAACUUGGGUGCGCUCUACUCGCAGCUCGCCUUCGGGACGAAUCGCACCUCGAUCGACGGGCUCAAGUCUGCCGCUGAAUAUAGCAUGGGCGCGGCGGGGACCUUUGCCUUCAUACGGACGGAAAUUCUGCCUGAUAUGCGAUCCUCCCCGCCGGAAGAUAUGGAUGACAUAACGCUGGAGAGUCUGCAGCAAUUAUGUCUGGCUCAGGGACAGGAAAGCUUCUGGCAGAUCGCCAUCAAGAAGAACAUGUCGGACGGUACUGUGGCAAAACUAGCCGCCAAGGUAUCCGACUACUACAUCUUUGCUGCAGAUGCGGCGAGGCAAUCGAGGGCCGUGAGCACCGAGUGGAUCCAUCACUUCCAGGCAAAACAUCACCAUUUCGCCGCCGCCGCCCAAUUCAGGCAGGCCCAGUAUUGCUUGCAAAAUAAACAAUACGGCGAAGAGGUUGCGAGGCUCAAGGACAGUCUUGCUUGCGUGAAUGAGGGUCUCCAGGAGGGUCGGUGGAUCAAUCCCACCGUACUCGGAGACUUGAACGGUCUCAAGAACAGAGUCGCGGAGGAACUGAAGCGAGCUGAAAAGGACAACGAUCUAAUCUAUUUGCAGACGGAGACGCCCAAAUCGGAACUUCGGCUUCUGGAUCGGACGAACAUGGUGGCCGCAAAGACGCCUAACGAUGUGCAGAAUGGAAUUUCCCUGCUGGGCGAGGGCAAACCCUUCGGGCGGCCCUUGUUCGAGAAGUUAGUGCCAUACGCAGUUCAUCAGGCUGCGUCGAUAUAUGCCGACCGGAGAGACCGUCUUGUCAGCCAGUCGAUCAUUGUCGAUCUGGAAGCCAUGACCGCCAGGCUCAGAGAGGUGCUCGAGUCGCUCGAUCUGCCUGGGUCCUUGCAGGCACUGGAGAAGCCACUCGGUCUGCCCGGGAGCCUGGUGUCCAAAGCCGAAGAGCUGCGACAACAAGAUGCUUUGUAUCGGAUCAAGAGGUCAAUGGAAGAUACGACCAAGCUAAAAACCAACGAUCUCGCAGUCUACCAGGAAGGGGUUGCAUUGCUAGAAGCCGAGAAGGCUGAAGAUGACCGUGCGCGGGCGAAAUAUGGCACGGAUAGAUGGAACCGACCGCCGUCUACGCAGGCCCUGGCAAAGCUCUACCAGAACUCUACCGAGCUCAAGGCGUACCUCAAUUCUGCCGGCUCAAGCGACAGCCUGGUGCAAACGAAGUUCCGAGAAAACGAGCACAUCCUCAAAAUCUUGACCGGGACGAAUCGAGAUCUUGAGCGGUUUGUCCCGUCUUCCAGUCAAGUCACCAUGACACCGGCAAUCGACCAAGCCGCUUCUCGCUUACGAACAGUUCUCAAUGAGGUCUCUCGGCUAGAAACACGGCGCAAAAACAGGAUGGCGGCACUGAAGGAGAAGGCAAAGGCUGACGACAUUGGCCCGGCCUUGCUUGCCGAAGCCGCACGCCUCGAGCGGGAAUAUCCCAUGCAAAAGAUCGAGCCUGGCCAGUUCGAGAAAUUGUUCGAAAAGCGUCUGGAAGCUUACGAACCUGAUCGCGAGGCUCUGAUCGUCGAACAGGAAGAGCAGGAUCAGAUUGUAGCACGAUUGCGAGAGGCAAACAAAGCGUUUUUGGACGCUCGACGAGGUGACACGAGCACAAGAGACCGGCAGAAGGCGCUCCAAGCUCUCGACACGGGCUAUGCCAAAUACAAGGAACUCAUCAGCAAUCUCGAGACUGGACGGAAGUUCUACAACGACCUCGCCAGCCACGUCACGCGUUUUAGGGAGAACUGCAAGACUCAAGUCUCUGAGCGGAGGGUUGAGGCCAGUCAGCUUGAGGCGGAACUCGCUGGACAAGAUAUGGGCAGGCUCAACCUCCAGGAGACGCGACGGGAAUUGAGGAGUCAGAACGCCGCCGCACCGCAAACGAGGAGUCGUGCGCCACAACAGCCGCCGGGAGACGGGCAAGAGGCCAUGGCGGCUCCAAUACCGACAAGAAACCCUCCUGCAAGCGUCAUGCCCUCGACAGCGCCCUUGCCCGUCAAUGUCGCUGGUGGCACCAUUGCAGGUGGCGGCAUAUGGACGCCGGACAUUGGGAUCAAAUUCGGGGGAGUGUCCAACCAGCCCGGACAGGCGGGAUAUCCUGCUCCGAGACGACCUUGA